AUGACAGAUUUAUUAGAAAGAAGCAUUCACUUGAUCAACAAUUUCGUAAGUCAAUGGACAAAGAAGUACUUAUAUUACACAAGCUAUAUUGAAGAAACUUCCUCAGGACACACUUUCAUGACAGUUUUCUCAUUACCUACUCCAUCAAAUCCCAUUCCUGUUGCAACAGUGAAAGUGUAUUUCUAUAUUCCAGAUCUGACAGAUCCAUCUGAAAGAACAAUGUCAUUCAGAUUUGAAAACGAUUCACUUAUUCAUUUGGUCAAUCGAACUAUUCGAAUUUCAUAAAUGGAAAAAUGGAUUGAAACUAUAUUAGCACGCAAAGAUCGAACUUGUAGAAUCAUGUUUCUAGGAACAGAAUUUGAACAAACUAGAAUUAUUAAUAAGAGAAUGGAUGAAGUAUUAUAUGAAAAAUAACCAGAAUAAGAAAAGGAGAAUUUAGUCGUUCAGCCAGAAUUAUUGGAACACGAUUAAGAAUUAGUAAAUCAAUUCACAAUCACAGAAGAAGAAAAAAUCAGAGAAAUCAAAAUGCUAACUGAACUUCUAUAUUAAUGUUUCAGAUAAAUUGAUAAAGAUGAUAUGGGAGUAAUCUCCUAUGAAGAGGGAGGCUAACUAUUUUAGUUGAUGGGUCUACAUCUAGGUAAACACUAAUUGGAGGACACCCUCAAUAGACUGGAUGUAUCAAGAACAGGAAUUCUGUAAUUCAAAGACAUUUCCUCUUUUGGAAUUGAAACAUUGCAUUCAAUCUAUUGUCAGAAUUAAGCACUUAAGGAAUUGAGAGAGAAGGAAGAGGAAAGCAGAUUCGAAGCAUAAUGGAUGCUCUCAACUGAUCUUAGAAAUGUCUAUAAAAAAAUAGUAGAAUAAUGCAAACUCAAGGAUGAGGAUGAGAUUCAUUCUAUUCCUUCCAAUGUUUUCCAAUAAAUUCUAGAAGAAUAAUAAUUCUUUACGGAAGAUGAAAUCAAAUAAAUCAUGGAAAUUAUUGGGGAUAAGGCUGUGGAGUAUGAGACUAGUGAUAAAGUGUUAGAGGAAACUAUCUUUGAGAAUUUAGUCAAAGGGUUAUUGGAAGCUUAGAAGAGUAAAAUGGAAGUGUUUUUACUUGAACAUUUUAGAAGAUAAGACAAAGAUAAUACUGGAUUUAUUAAGAUCAAUGAAUUAAUGAUUGCUUUGAAGAGUUGUGAGAAAAUUAAAUUAUCAAAAGUUCAAUUGUACUCGUUACAAAGUUACAUCAAAAGAAAUGAUAAGGAUCUUGUAAAUUACAAAUAGGAAACUAGAAAGAUUGGGGCUAUUAUUAAAAAGUUCUUCAAUGUCGAUUUAAUGGAGUAGAGGUCACGCUUGCCUCAACAUACAAAAAUUGAUGCAUACAUUCCAUUAAAAACACCUGAGUAAAUACAAGAGCAAAUUAAAAAGGUUGGAUCAUGA